UUCUUAUUGCUUUUCCUCGGUGAGAAUGGCAAGGAUUCGGAUUCCUAGUACAAUCGUUAUACUUUUUGUUAUGGUACAGACUGGAUUCUUACUCUUCAUGUAUGCCCGGUACAGUAGCUUCAUGCCUCAGUCUGAGGAGAAACCAUCUCAAGUCCACAUCCUCAUUCUCUCCUCCUGGCGUUCAGGAUCUUCUUUUGUUGGUCAACUUUUCAGCCAGCACCCCAGCGUCUUCUACCUGAUGGAGCCUGCGUGGCACGUGUGGGUUACGAUGUACCAGAACAGUGCCAAGGUCUUGCACAUGGCAGUGCGGGACCUAGUCAGGUCAGUCUUUCUGUGUGACAUGUCUGUGUUUGACGCUUACAUGCCUUGGAAAAGAAACUUAUCUGAUCUUUUCCAGUGGGCAGUGAGUCGGGCUCUGUGUUCAGCUCCUGCUUGUGACUCCUUUCAACGUACUGACAUAACCAGUGAAAUGGCAUGCAAGACUCUUUGUGGACGGUACCCAUUCAGCAAGGUGGAGGAAGCCUGUAAAACUUACAGCCAUGUUGUCAUCAAGGAGGUUCGAUUUUUUGACUUGAAGGUCCUUUACCCCCUUCUUACUGAUCCAUCGCUGAAUCUCAAAAUUAUUCACUUGGUCCGUGACCCCAGGGCAGUCGUCAAGUCACGUGAACAAUCGGUCAAAGCAUUAGCCCGUGACAAUGGAAUUGUUUUGAGUACCAAUGGCACUAAAGUGGAAGACAGCAAGUACAAAGUAAUGCAAGAGAUUUGUAGAAGUCAUGUUCAGAUUUAUGAGACGGCUACCCUAAAACCACCUAAUUUUCUUAAAGAUCGCUAUUUAAUGAUCCGUUUUGAAGAUCUGGUAAGAGAUCCAUUAUCAGAAAUCUCAGAAAUGUAUAAAUUUGCAGAUCUUAGUUUGACCCCCACGCUCAAAAGCUGGAUCUAUAAUAUCACACAUGGACAGGGACCAGGAAAAAAAAAAGAAGCCUUCAAAAUCACAUCGCGAGAUGCAGUUAGUGUUUCACAGGCCUGGAGAAAUGUUCUCUCCUUCCAGAAAAUUAAGAAAAUACAGGAAGUUUGCAAAGGUGCAAUAAACAUGCUUGGCUAUCAGCUGCUGGAUUCAGAAAAAGAACAAAGAGAUCUGUCAUUGGACUUAGUGUUGCCAAGACGACAAAAUCAAUUCAGUUGGUCAUCAUUUAAUCCAAAGCACUGAGACAUUAUUUUUGAGGGACUGGGGGUGGGGUGGGAGUGGGGGUGUAGAUGGUUGAGUAUUUGUGUACUGUGCAGCAUAUAGGUAAUUCAAAAAUCCUUGGCUGAUGAGUUUAACUAUCUUCCUGUCUGCUGUUUUUCCAUAAUGGAGGAGGGUUUUUUCCUGAGUUUCUUACACCGCAAAAACAAAAAAAACCCAUCAGAAAUGCCUAAAGAUACUUGUCAGAUUUCAGAUUUACAGCUGAGCUGUCCUGUUCUCAGCAUUGUUUUAAAAAUAUAAUUUAAGUACUUUCUAUUAAAAGAUGAAUUGUUAAAGAUGUCUUUGUUCA